AUGUUUUUUGACCCCCAACCGCGUCUUCCAUCUCCUACCCUCACUUCGCAACCCUCGCCGCCCCCUCCAUGCCUUCGCCGCUUCGCUUCCUCCUCUAUACCGCCAAAACUCUCCGCCUCCUCUUCCUCUCUUCCUGUUGCCAUGCCCAGUCACAGCGACCACUGCUUCUCCUUCUUUGCCUCCUUCCUCCGCCGUGGCUUGCCCUCUGUCGCCCUUUCCGUCCGCUAUGCCUCCUCAUCAAGCGUAGGCCUCCCCAUGGACCCUGCCCGCGUCCUCCGUACCCUCUUGUCGUCACGCCAAUUUACGAAGGCGUCCCAGGUCUUCCUCUCCUUCACCUCUCCGUCCAUCUCUGACCCAUCUCUUCUUGACUCAAUGCUCCUUUGCUACUGCAAGCUCCGAGACCUUCCCCGGGCUCAAUCCCUUUUUAAUUCCAUCAUACAGCUCGGAACUUUGCCCAGUUUAGCCUCCUACGGCACGUUGCUUCGGCUAUUGUGUGUCAAAGAGCAGUCGUCGCACGCUCUCUCACUGUUUUUCCGCAUGGCCAAAGCUGGUGUUCUCCCGCCUGCGUCCUCUUAUCACGUUUUGAUUACUCGGUUGUGUUCCGAGGGUUACCUGAAUGAAGCAUGCUUCCUGUUUGAUGUAAUGCUUGGUGAUGGUAUUCGACCCUCUCUCCCUUUGUUGAAGUUCUUGACCUAUGGCUUUUGCAAAUGGCACAGAAUGUUGGAGGCCGAGCGAGUUUUUAGGCUCAUGAAGUCGCAUGGGUUCGUUUUGGAUCGGAAGCUGUGCACGGCGAUGAUUCAUGGGUACUUUAGGGAAGGAAGGAUAAGUUUGGCUCUUGAUCUUUUUAAGGAGUUGAAGGAAAGGAUUGACUGUGAACCAGAUGUAUGCUUGUAUACUACAAUGAUUCAUGGGUUCUUGAAGUUUAAUUUUGUUGAUGAGGGUUGGGAGUUGUUCCAUGAAAUGGUGGGAUGUGGCCUACAGCCAAAUGUGGUUACUUUCAAUACGAUGAUCAGCUGGUACUGUAAAAACUCUGAUGUGGACUCUGCUUUGGCGCUUCUUGACACAAUGAAGAGUUAUGGUUUGACCCCAAAUCUGCAUUGCUAUACUGCAGUGAUAACCGCACUUUGCAGGGCGAAGAGAUUGGUGGAGGUGGAGAAGUGGUUUGAGAAGAUGCUUGACUGUGGCCUCAUCCCUGAUGACCGUAUGUUUCAGUUGCUGAUUAAGAAUCUUCCAUUUGAUCAUAUGUCUUGGACGAUGGGCAAGGUUUUGGAUCAUCUGUCCAGGAAUGGUUGCAAUAUCAGCGUUUCGAGGUUUGUCCGAUUGUGUACUUCUGAUUCAGAUGAGGAAUUGCAGCGGGAAGUCAGGCUUCUUUUUGAUGAGAUGGCAGGAAACAAUAUAAUCUCAUUGAAAGUGGUUCUCCAUAUUUUGUUAGGAUCUGUGUGCUCACUGGGUAAGUUUAACAUUGCUCAUCUCUUAAUGGAGAAUAUGGUUGAUCAUGGAUCUGCGCCUUCAAUUUCUCAUUAUAAUUUCUUAAUGACAUGUUUGUGCAAGGAGGAUAGAAUUGAUGACGCUUACUCUCUUUUAUGUCUUAUGAGAAGUAGAGGUGUGCUUCCUGAUCUGGCUACACAUUCAAUUGUUAUAAAUUUUCACUGCAAGCGCGGAGACAUAGAUUUAGCAUUGAUAGCUUUUGAUGAGAUGAUACAGCAGGGUUUUAGGCUUCCUGUUGAUGUUUAUAACUCAAUCAUAAGAUCUUUGUGCAAAGCAGGGAGGAUGAUGGAAGCUCAGCUCACCUUUGACAGGAUGCUACAGGCAGGCAUCAUGCCAGAUAAAGGGAUCUACACUGCACUCAUCAACGGUUAUUCAAAGAUGGGAAAGAUUGUUGAUGCACGAUAUCUGUUUGAUGAAAUGGUCUGUCGUGAUAUUCGACUGAGUUCCCAUGCUUACAAUGCUCUUAUUAAUGGACUGGUAAAGACUAACAUGUUUAGAAUGGCUGGCAAAUAUCUGCAUAUGAUGCUGGAGAAUGGUUUUGUGCCAGACACAGUCCUUUACAAUAUGCUCAUAAACCAGUUCUUUAAGAAAGGGGAUGUUCGCUUUGGACUAGAUCUAUUUGCAUUGAUGGUGAGGAACCAGGUUGAACCUGAUAUUAUCACAUUUGGAGCUGUGAUCAAUGGUAUAUGCAGAAAUGUCUCACGGCAUGAAAAAAUGAAACUUUCUUUAGCUGUAAAAUUGGAGGAAGCAAGGUGCUUACUUUUUAAGUUGUUAUCACGAAAUACUAUUGUGCCAGGAAAGCUAACUCAAAAUGUCCGUUGUGGAACUACUAAAGAAAAAAUUGAGCUAGCCAUAGAGUAUAUACUACAUCUUCCGGAUGUUGGCUUGGUUCCGGAUUUGUAUAUUUACACUGGGAUGAUUAAUGGGUUUUGCCGAGCUAAUAUGAGAAACAAUGUUAAUGCCCUCAUAGAUUCUAUGGACAAAGCCGGUGUUGUCAUUAACCAUGUAGCAUGUACCAUCUUAAUAGGUGCCCAUAUCAAUUCUGGUGAGAUUGAUUGUGCGACAGAAUUAUUUAACCAGAUGAACAGAAAUGGUUGCAUGGCUGAUAAUGUUACUCUUGAUACUCUUAUAAAAGGUUAUUCUAUCGCUGAAAGAGGGAUGGAGGCAUUAUCUCUUUUUUACAUGAUGCGAAAGAGAGGGUUUUUCCCUAGCAAAUCUUCAUGUCAUAGAUUACUUGACUGCCUCUGUCUAAGUCAUGCUAGCGAUCUGGCAUUUAGGCUAUUUGAGGAAAUGGUCUUGCUUGGCUAUAUGGAAGAGGAAAGUUUGCAGGCAGCUCACAAAACCUUUGACGUGAUGCUUAAGAGAGGAAAAACUCCAGAUAAUGAGGCAAAGAAACAGUUGCUCAAUGUUUGUUAUAAGCAUGGAGAAUAUGAUCUGGCUUUUGUGAUUGACAAAAAUAUACCAGUUUAUGAGGUUCUGCCUGAAGGUUGAGCACACAGAUGCCUCUUUUUUGUGCUAUCGGUGGAGAGUCAGGGACAUGACCACUGUUACUUCAAAAAAUCUGGGGGGGCAUUCUUUUCAGAUUUCUCUUAGUAUGUUUGGUUAUUAUGUUGGAUCAUUGACAAGGCUCUUGUCAAGUUUGCUGGUUUUGUGUGGGGUGUUAGAAUCUCUCAGAUGUAUAGAUCAAGAACACCCAAAAUUUGUCAAAUCACUUCAACUGAUUGGCAUUAUCUUUUGUAUCAAUGUGUCUCACAAUAAUUGGCAAGGUUAGCCCAUGAUAUGAAGCUUGUCCUUUUGGUAUUCCUUUGAAUUAUUGAUUUCAUUACUAUUGAUAUCAUGAGCUUUGUAUAUGCAGCUCUAAAUGAAGCACUAACCACAGAAGUACAGUGCCUGAAACUAGUUACUGCUGAGCUCGGUGUCCUCACCGUCUGUCCAACAGCUUGAGCCAGCAAAUGCAGCUGAAUCCUAAUAUGUUUCAUCUGCAGCAACUGCAGAAGGCACAACAGCAUCAAGAGCAGCAGCCUGCACAUACUCCCUCUAUUUCAAAAACAACAGAACUACUCUGGCUCAAAUAACGAACUAUCAAAUGACAAGAUGAAGCACUAAAUCAACCAACGGUCUGUAUCUACAUUUUGUUUUAGCUUAAGUAGGAUAUGCAUCUGACUGAGGCUUUCUAUAUUUAAAAGGUGGUUUCAUUAUUUUUAUUUUUUAUUUUUUGAAGAGAAUAUUGUUUAAUUUUGAGAAAGCACAAGUCAUUUGGAUGUAAGAUUCAUGACCUUGUAACUAAAAUGUUACUAUGCGAUGUGUUGUAUAAGAAUCUUUGAGA